UGAAUUGCAUAUAAGUAAAGUUAUAACAAAUAUUACCAGGUAGCUACAGUGCUAUAUGUGCGUAUGCAAAACAUAUUGUGUACUUUUUAUCCGAUUUCAUGCUCAAAUAGAAGACAGCAUAAUAUUUAUUGCUUUUCGUGUGUUUGUGAAUGUUUUUGCAUGUGAGGCCCUGCAGCUGAAUUUUAUUGUCCACCUAAAUUUUGCUUUGCUGAUUUGUUUGCCAACGAACGAAUCGCUUUUUGUUUGUUUGCUUGUUUGCUUGCUUCUCUUUUUGCGGUAAACACAUGCAGACCUACAUCUUUUAGCCCACACCCACACACACACACCCAUUCAUACAAACUCACAAACACACACUUAUACAAUCUAUGCACCAACACAGAGGCAGCAUGAAACGCAGCUAUAAGAGACACUUAACAACGGUUUCUCGGCCAUUUUGUUUGUGUUACUGCCAUUUUUUGUGCGUCUGUCUAUGUGUAUGUGUGUUGUGUGUGUGUGAGCAAAUGAGAAAAACCAACGUGGCAACCAUAAAACACAAAUACCAGCGCACACAUAGAGACAUUCUCAUGUUUGCACAAUAAAAUUUCAACAAUAUACGCGACCGGGGCGCCUCUGUACUUGAGUAAAUUGGAUCUGUGCAGUGGCUCGUGUGCGCCGGGUGGCGCGGGUGGGGGAAAUGUUAAAAUUAAAUAAAUAUUUGCCUUAAAGAAUGCCGCGGCGGCUUUCCAAACCGAAACAAGACACCCACACAGAGCGGUAUUUAAAGCAGCCGACCGCAGAAACAGCAAGAGCAACAGAAAACCGGGUCGAAAACAAAAGUCUCGAGUCGCGGAAAUCUUGGCAAAAGUAUUUCCACUUGGCAAAAUACGAGACUGCGGACGGUAAGUGGAAAGUGGAGCAUUUUCUCAGACCCGAAGGGUUCCGAAUCUAAAGUUUUACAUUUUAAGGCUAAUAAGCCAUAAAUUUAUGCUCCUUAUUUAAUUACCAAGCUAAUGUAAUGACAAAAAACCAUAUUUUUGUGGUCAUAAUUAAAGCAAAUAUUGGUUGAGUUCCGAAUAGCUUUGGCCUAAUGACUGGGAUUAUAUGGCUUAUAUUAGUGAAAUGAAUAUUUAAUGACUAUUCGCCACUCCACGCAACAUUUUUCAGUGAAUUAUUACUUAUUUAUUUGUGCUAAGCUACAUAGUCAUGUAUAACUUUGUUGGUAAAAUGUUUCUUAAAGUGUAACUGUUUCAUUAUUAAAGUGAGUAAGACCAUAUUUAUUUGCAAAGAAGUCUGUUUAUGUUGAUUGCUAUUUUGUUUUCCGACUGCCAGUCUGUCUGUAUAUUUUAUACACCAUUUUAUUUUGUAUACAUAAAAGUAAAUCAAAAUGCUGAAUAAAAGCAGCAAUUUUUGUGUCACAAUUAAUCAACUUUAUGUAGUUUAUUGUUUGCCACAACUUUAUUCAAUAUCCAUUGUUUAUUGUUUUUAGCAAACAGCUGGGUGGAAAUAAUGCAGCUGUUUGCAGCUAUAAAAGCAUCGUGCUAAGAAAAAGUUAAAUCAUUUUGAAAAAUGAAAAUUUCCGCAAUAUUACUACUAAUCUCGCUAGCCGCCCUUUCUGAGGCAGCGGGGCGUGGCCGUAGUCACAGUAUUACGUGGGGCGCCAGAAGCUACAGGGAUAUGCAUUUGCGCAGGGAGAUCAUUACGGAGAAGUCCAAGUUCCUGCGCGUGGUCACCAGAGACUAUGUGUUUGAACAAAAGAAACUGGCACGCACCAUCACACAAAUCGUGAUCACGGAUCAGGUUCGGGAUGGAAAUGGAGGUCAUGCCUAUCUCACCGAGGGUGGACCACAGACCACGUAUGCCAAGAUCCACUUGAAGAGCCAGCGCAAUCAGGGCUUCAGUUUCAUCAUCGACAUCUACGGCAUUUAAUUAUACAUAUGCCCCUUAAUUUAUGCCUCUCAGAUACAUAUGCAAAUGCAGAUAGUUUGUUUAUUUACAUACUGAAUAUAUAUCCGCAAGCACACUCAUUGCGUAUUUAUGUAAAUGAUCAAACA